AAUUGACGUCACUACGUCAGUGGCGUCAUCCUGCGUCAUGGCGGUUUGGUCGGUCGGUGCGGUCGUUCGCUGUUAGUGAAGAUUAUUCUCCCGGUUUUAAAGUUGAAUUUCGAACAAAUCUCAGCCAUGUCUGGCUCGGCGGACUUCAUCCUGCCUCAGAAAUGUACGCCGCGUAUUUUCGCCGACAGUUUUUAGGUUUUAUUUCGGACAAAUCCCCUCGACCCGAGCCCCCAGCUCUCUCGCCUAGCGCCGCUGCCCGGAGAGAAGACCGUUUUCCCGCUGGAGGCGCUAGGCCGCACGGCGUCUCGUCGGGGUUCGGUUUUCUUCACUCCUUAACGUCACAUAAGUCAUCAUGGUUCAACAGUACCAGUCGCCUGUGCGAGUCUACAAGUUCCCCUUUGAGAUGGUGAUGGCGGCGUACGAGCGACGCUUCCCCACCUGCCCUCUCAUCCCGGUGUUUGUGGGGAGCGAGCGUCUGGCGGAGCAGCGCAGCGAGGACGGCGCUCUGCACGUCAUCGAGAGGAGGUGCAAGCUCAACGUGGAGGCGCCGCGCCUGCUCAAGAAGAUAGCCGGCGUGGACUUUGUGUUCUUCAUCCAGAAGAACACGCUCAACUGGCGCGAGCGCACGCUGCACAUCGAGGCUCACAACGAGACGUUCGCCACGCGCGUCAUCGUCAACGAGAAGUGCAGCUACAGCGUCCACCCUGACAAUGAUCAGUGGACGUGCUUUGAGCAGACGGCCAGCCUGGACAUCAAGUCCUUCUUCGGCUUUGAGAGCUCGGUGGAGAAAGUGGCCAUGAAGCAGUACACAGCCAACAUCAAGAAGGGAAAGGAGGUGAUCGAGUUCUACCUGCGGGAGCUGCAGGACCUCGGCGUGUCUCACCUGCCGCGGUGGGACGCUGCCCCGGGCCUGCACGGCACGCCGGCCAUCGUGGCGGCCGUGGCGCUGAGGGCGGCGGCCACGGCCGACCCCGGCGCCGCCGCUACGCUCCCCACCGUGGCGCCGGCGGGGUCGGGCAUGGUGACUAUCACAACCGGCGGGGAGGACGGAGGAGCGGAGGGAGGAGACGGCACGACCAGCGUGUUAAUCUCGGCCGUGUCUUCGGCCGCAGUCGACCUGGGAGUCCCCACCUCCUCCCUGUUCGAGAAUAUCACAGCCACGCCCGAUGACAAGCUGGACGCGGAUUACAUCGAGCGGUACCUGGGGGAGUUGACGCCACUGCAGGAGAGCUGCCUCAUCCGCCUGAGACUCUGGCUGCAGGAGUCGCACAAGGGCAAGUCAGAGGCAGAAGACGUCAGCUCAGCGGAGAUCCCGAAGGACGAGCACAUCCUGCGCUUCCUGCGGGCGCGCGACUUCAACGUGGACAAGGCCAAGGAGAUGCUCUGCCAGUCUCUGAGCUGGCGCAAGCAGUACCAGGUGGACUACCUGCUGGAGACCUGGGGGCUGCCGCCGGCGCUCGCGGACUACUACGCCGGCGGGUGGCACUACCAGGACCGCGAUGGACGUCCCCUCUACAUCCUGCGUCUGGGUCAAAUGGACACCAAGGGGUUGGUCAAGGCAAUGGGGGAGGAGUCCCUCCUGAGACACGUGCUGUCCAUCAACGAGGAGGGCCUGCGCAGGUGUGAGGAGAACACCAACAACUCGGGGCACCCCAUCAGCUCGUGGACGUGCCUGGUGGACCUGGAGGGCCUCAACAUGCGGCACCUGUGGCGGCCGGGCGUCAAGGCCCUGCUGCGCGUCAUCGAGGUGGUGGAGGCCAACUACCCGGAGACGCUGGGGCGGCUGCUCAUCGUGCGAGCGCCCCGCGUCUUCCCCGUGCUCUGGACCCUGGUCAGCCCCUUCAUCAACGACAACACGCGGCACAAGUUCCUCAUCUACGGUGGAAACGACUACCAGGGCCCCGGCGGCCUGGUGGACUACAUCGACAAAGACGUCAUCCCCGACUUCCUGGGUGGAGACUGCCUGUGUGACGUUCCGGAGGGCGGCCUGGUGCCCAAGUCGCUGUACCGCACGGGGGACGACGCGGAGCACGGCGACGACAUCCGCCUGUGGACGGACACCAUCUACCAGUCGGCCUGCGUGCAGAAGGGCGCUCCGCACGAGGUCGUGAUCGACAUCCCCGAAGCGUCGUCCGUCAUCACGUGGGACUUCGACGUCAUCAAGGGCGACGUGGCCUUCAACCUGUACCACAGUCGCCGCGCUCCUGCGCCCACGCGCAGCGCCAGCAGCGGCGGCGUCUGCGCCGGCGUUGGCUGCGUCGGCCUCGUCGCCGGCGGCGGCGUCGCCGGUGUCGCCGGCGGCGGCCUCAGCGGAAGCGCGUCGCUCGGUUCGGCGAUUGCCUGCGCCGGCGGCGGCGGGGCCGGCAGCAGCGUGGAGAGGAGCUGGCAACAGCAGCAGCUGCAGCUGCAUCACCACCAACAGCAGCAGCAGCAGCAGGGCUGGGUCUACAGCCCCGUGGAGGCAGCGCUGCACUGCAGGGAAGGGGAGAGCAUCCAGGGCUCGCACGUGGCACGCUGGCCGGGCCGCUACGUGCUGCAGUGGCGGCUGGCCGGGGUGGGGGCCGGCGGGGGCUCGCUGCCCCGCGUGGACGACGUCAUCGCGUCGCUGCAGCUGCCCGGCACGCACAAGGGCAAGGUGAUGUACUACACCGAGGUGCUGGCCUCACACGACUUCAGGGGCUCCAUGACGAGCCUGGAGUCCUGCCAGAGUGGAUUUUCACAGCUGAGUGGAGGUACAAAUUCUUCUGGAGCUGGAUCCAUGGCCUCCAGAUAGACAGGAGGCCUCGGCUCCAGGAGACCGGGUCUCAGGGUCUUGAGACUUGGCUCCAGGAGUCUUGAGACUUGGCUCCAGGAGACCGGGUCUCAGUGUCUUGAGACUCGGCUCCAGGAGACCGGGUCUCAGUGUCUUGAGACUCGGCUCCAGGAGACCGGGUCUCAGUGUCUUGAGACUUGGCUCCAGGAGACCGGGUCUCAGUGUCUUGAGACUUGGCUCCAGGAGACCGGGUCUCAGGGUCUUGAGACUUGGCUCCAGGAGACCGGGUCUCAGGGUCUUGAGACUCGGGUCCAGGAGACCGGGUCUCAGGGUCUUGAGACUCGGGUCCAGGAGACUGGGUCUCAGUGUCUUGAGACUCGGCUCCAGGAGACCGGGUCUCAGGGCCUUGAGACUUGGCUCCAGGAGACCGGGUCUCAGGGUCUUGAGACUCGGCUCCAGGAGACCGGGUCUCAGGGUCUUGAGACUCGGCUCCAGGAGACCGGGUCUCAGUGUCUUGAGACUCGGCUCCAGGAGACCGGGUCUCAGUGUCUUGAGACUUGGCUCCAGGAGACCGGGUCUCAGUGUCUUGAGACUCGGCUCUAGGAGACCGGGUCUCAGGGUCUUGAGACUUGGCUCCAGGAGACCGGGUCUCAGGGCCUUGAGACUUGGCUCCAGGAGACCGGGUCUCAGUGUCUUGAGACUCGGCUCCAUGAGACCGGGUCUCAGGGUCUUGAGACUCGGCUCCAUGAGACCGGGUCUCAGUGUCUUGAGUCUCGGCUCCAGGAGACCGGGUCUCAGGGUCUUGAGUCUCGGCUCCAGGAGACCGGGUCUCAGGGUCUCCGAUAAUUAAAUGAAAUAUCACAACGAAGAAGCAGGGGGGGAGCCUCAUCAACGAAGGUCCUACACAGGAGUUCGACUCCCGGUCAGUCUCGCUGCCAAGGUGUACGUCUGCUGCCAGAAAGAGGCUCCUGUGAAGGAAUAUAAUUGUUAAAUAUACACACACAGCACAUCACACACACAUCUGUAUACACACACACAUCACACACACAUCUGUAUGCACACACACAUCACACACACAUCUGUAUGCACACACACAUCACACACACAUCAUACACACAUCAUACACACAUCUGUAUACACACACACGUACAUUCAUGUGUAUACAGGGCUGUCCUUAGGGGUCGGUGCAGGGCCCGAGGCAAAUCCCACCACGCGGACGCCCCGCCUUCAAACUAAACCGCAGGUAUUGCAUUUGACACCGUGACGUGAAAGCGCGUUGACCCCCCAAAGCGCAAGGCCUGAUUCACUACCCUGAUUAACCGUCACCCGAGGGACGGCUCUGCAUGUGCGCGCACACCAACACAAUCAUCACACAUGCACGCUGGUAUACACAAAGAUGAAGAUACCCCGUAUAGCCUCCAUAGACUAUUGGGGCAAGUAGUGUUUGCGAGCAGCUAUUAAUACUGGAACAAAACGACGUAGUACACACACAAAGACAAAGAUCCCCCGUUUAGCCUUUAACAGGCUGUUUGGGCAAGUGCUGUUACUUAACAGCUGUGAAGGCCGGCACUGGCACACGAGGGGGUGGGUGGCCAGCACCACGCCCGGCCACCUUUGUCUCCCCAGUGCUGAUGUUCACACACUGCACACCAGGUACUCAUUUAAUGCCGAGUCCACCUAAGGGAGGUCCACGACCGGUUCAAGCAUUCGCCAUUGAACCCAGUGCGCUAACCGCUGCGCCACCGCUCCUGACAGAUGCACAUUAAUAAAUGUACACGACUAUAAAUCACGUACACAUUCAUACAAACACACGCACACGCGCGCACACAAACACACACGCACACGCGCGCACACAAACACACGCACACGCGCGCACACAAACACGCGUGCGCGCACACAAACACACACGCGUGCGCGCACACAAACACGCGCGUGCGCGCACACAAACACACACGCGUGCGCGCACACAAACACACGCGCGCACACAAACACACGCGUGCGCGCACACAAACACAACUGAACAAUGUUUAAUUAUGAAAACAAGUCAACGUUAUCAUCUUUGUGAAAACAUCUCUAAGAAUAGUUUUGUCUGUAACUCUGACCUCUGACCUCCCAUGGGCUUGUGUGGCGAGUUGUCGUAGGUCGGAGAGCACGAAGGACAUCGUUCACCCACCCACCCACUUGUUUGUCUGGGUCUAUAAAACUAGCCACACAUUGUGGGAAGCCAAUAGUGGCUGUCUGUUCUUUGGAUGGCCUGUCCCUGACAUGGGAAUGUGGAAUUGCCACUGCUGGCUGAGGGCUGCAAACGGAGGUGGCUUUCUGUUCACAGAACAGAGAGACGUUCUGAGACUAAAAUAAUACGACCGGCAUCCCGGGAGGAAAUCAGAAAACCACCAGGACACGCGCGAGGAUAAUAUUGACACCUCCACACAGAUGGAUUCAAGAAUCCGUUGUCGCGUUGCCAUCUUCUGGCCACCUCGUUAGCCCCGGCGGGUUUGGGGUAUUUUCACAGAUCGGUGCGAUCCGGCCCAACCCCUGCGGUAAAUCACUUGAGCUCGCAACCAAUCAAUUGGAAAUUCGGCUCGAUGUCCGAACAUCGGAAUGUCUCCCGUCGUCGCCACCCUCGGCCAUCGGCCAGCGGUGGAAAUUCCACGUUACGUUGACGGGGGGGGGCCCAGGCUGUCCGCAGGACAAAGGAACGCCGUGGGUUUCGGCGGUCGGUUUUGGCGAAGCCGACGAAAGGAAACGUCACGGGAGCGCCGAUCGCCAGGCUGUGAAACAAAGUUCCUCAUAUCGGGUUCACGGUACCCGCGAACAAAACAACUCCUCAACUCCGGCAAAGCCUCGCCGAGUCACGAGGCCAAGUUGACGCGAGGGUGCUGCUGCUGCUGCUGCGGCUGUACUGCAAUGUGCGGUCCGGUGUGUUCAAUCGCUUGGAGUCCUGCUUGGCGAAAGGGAAGCGGGAGUACCCAGACACUGCCGACCCACCCACCGCGUGUACUCGGGGCUCACGCGCAACGCGGUAAUUUACCAAGACGGCAUUUGGUCGCACAGAGGCUAUUUGUGAGACCGUUGCGAGCAGUUGGCUUAGCGGCGAGCUGAAACAAUCGUUGGUGAUCAAGUUUUCCUUGUUGGGUUAGAGAGCGUGUAAAUGUAAGCGCGUCGUAAAGCCGCGUCCGCGCGGCAUGGCCGAUCGUGAAGGUUUGUCACGUGGAACAGGACGUGCCAAUUGGUUUCGGCGCCUCCAACUAGCACGGUGGGCUACGUACGGUGCAAAAAAAGUUCAACGUACGUAGCUCCACUGACUAAGAGAGCCGCCGUGGAUCUCCCGGCGCGGAAGGUUCGGCCGAGUCUCCUCCAAUCCCCGUCCGUGCAGCAGUGUCGGUACUCCGGCAGGUCGCGCGGUGGGGUCGAGUGUGGGCGGUCGUGCGGUCAACGUGGAGGAGUAGGCCAAAGCACCCUCGCGCGAGCUCUCGCCCGUGCAGGGCCCUGCCUCCAGCAGUGGCGCACGCGGGGAAUUGCAGGCCUGCGCCUCUACCUUUCCCGCGCCGAGCACGGCAGGUGGCACCGCUGCAUUGGGCCGCCGCGGGUGUCCUCUGAGUUCGCCUGCAGUGCUACCGCGCGCACAAAACACAACCCUUCUUACGUCAAAUUGCAGUCGGCCAAACAACUGAUGAGGCUGCGGCAGCGGCAGUAGCAGCAGCAGCAGCAUGCUCCUGAAAGCGAGUCUCGGGGACUCGCUCGCGAGUUGCUUUCCCGUGUAACCACGCGGCGUUGCUGCGAGUCCGAAGCACCUGCCCCAGCUCCGGGGGGGUCGGGCCUCGCUCCCAUCGUUGGGCAGUCUCUCGACCGCCCUGCCGGCUUAUCUUGCAUUUCUCCUCUUGCCACUUGAGACAGAGAGACAGAGAGCUUUGUGAUUAAGGUCGCUAGGAAUAUGUUAAUUUGCACAACUAACAUUUCUGUUUUACGUCGAUUGUUUAAAGUAGGAGGCAACCCAAAAACGGAGCUGAAAGUCCGCGUGGAAGUCGCGUUUGUCGGGGUGCCCGGGCGGCCCGGCAGAGCCGGAGACGAUGAUCCACCACCGCUGACGUCCUGGGUUCUGAUCCAGGUCAUGUGCGCACACACGCGCCUAAAAAAAAAAAUCCGUAAAUGUUAAACACUUAUUUGGCCUAAAUUCCUGCACUUGAGAAUUACGAAAAAUAUCAGUUCGACGGGCAAACGGCACUCGCGUGGGGCAGAGCGGGCAGGUAAGCGCCGCCCUCUACCGCGUGUGGAGCGGAGGUCGCGCGAUGAAGGGGACCUCGCAGGUAGCUCUACGACACCCACUUGUUUCCGUGGCGGGUCCGGCGACUGACUCUGGACGGCCGCUGUGCGUGAGGCCCACGACGCGACCGCCGGUAGCGCGGUCGGGACACGCGGUCAGAGGGAAACGCAAAACGUUAACAUUUGCGUUUCUCGCCGAGCUUUGCGGCGUUGCCACCGGCGCACACCGAUGAGGAGGAGGGUGCUGGUAGCUACCCGGGAGGAGCUGUUGGUUCUUGGGUUGCCCGACUUUAAACGCUCUGUUGUUGUUGUUGCUGCUUCUCACUCGGACAUCGUAGCAGAUUAAUGUCUUGAAUGCCUUCUGUUGGCCGCGUUAAACGUGUUAGAAUCGCUCGUGGGAAUUGGACAAAGUGUUGUUUUUUCUCUCGCCUAGCUGCAAAAAAUAUUUUUUGUGAAUCUUGGAAAACAUAUUUGUAUAUAGAUAUAUAAUAUUAAUAUUGAUUUAUUCAAUGUAGUGAAGUUGAGUGUAGUUACUAAUUCAGCACAAUGUAUGUGUUUGCUGGGGGGUGUCUGUGUAGGGUUGAUUGUGUAUGUGGUCUUUGUGUACAUGUGUCUGUGUGUGUGUCUGUGUGUGUGUGUAUGUCUAAUGGUGUGUAUGCGAGUGCAAGUUAGGAGGAGCGGCAGUGUCGUGGUUAGCGCUGCGUUACGAACCCGGCGACCCCAGUUCGAUUCCCGCUCACGGCCAACACCAGUGACGAUUAUCUGAACCGGUCCUGGGCCUUUCCUAGGUCGACCCGGCCUCAAAGGAGUACCUGGUGCGGUGUGUAAACAUCGCCACUGGGGAGACAAAGGCAGUCGGGUGUGGUGCUGGCCACCCACUCGUGUGCCGUGCCGGCCUUCAAAGGUGGUCGCUAACAGCACUUGCCCCAACAGUCUGUUACAGGCUAUGCGGGGGAUCUUUGUCUUUGAUCUCGUGUAUAUGGUUGUGUGUUUAUGGGUCUGUUUGUCUUUGGGUGUGUAUGAUCGUGUGGGUGGGUAUGCAAGCAUGUUAUGUUUGGAUGUGUGUGUCUCGUGUAUUUGUGUGUACUUGAGUUAAUGGUGGAUAAAUGUGCAAAACGUAUGAUGUGCUUGAGUGGGGAGUGGUGGUGCAGUGGUUAGCACACUGCACUCCGAAGCCGGCGACCCGAGUUCUGAUUUCCGGCCACGGCUAACAUCGGUGGUGAGCGAUAUCAUUACUGGUCCUGGGCCUCCCUGCGGUCGACUCAGCCUAAAGUGAGUGGUGUGCAAACAAACAUCCGCACUGGAGACCAAGGUGGCCGAGUGUGGUGAUUGCCACACCAUCUCAUUGUGGGCCACGGUGGCCUAAAUAGGUGCUUGCUGACAGUGCUCGUCCCAAGAGGCUGUUAGAGCUCGACUGGAGGUUUGUGUCUGUACACAAGUGAGCUUGUCUGUGUGUCCGUCAUGUGUGUAUGUUGACCUUCCUUCGCACCGUACGUAGCCAACCAUGCAAACCGGAGGUGCGGCAUGGUCGUAGAGACAUGUUUAUUAUUAUUUGUGUAUGUGUUUGUUAACUCGUAACACCUGGGUAUGUCCCGCAAACUCCCUAUCGGUGAGCCUCGCCACUCAAUGUGACCUUAACGUGCACCUAGCCUGGCGCAGACGCCGUGGCAACAUCACUGCCACUUGGCGGUGAAUGGCAGGCGCAGUUGUACGUGUGCAGUGUGUGACUGUGUGUGUGUGUGCCUUCAUGUAUACGGGGAGUGGUGGUGUAGCGGUUAGCGCGCUCCGCUACCAACUUGGCGACCCCGUUUCAAUUACCGCUCACGAUCGAUAACAGUGGCGGAUACUGGAACUGGGCCUCCCCUAGGUCGUCUCGGCCUUGAAUGAGUCCCCUGGUGCAGUGCUUAAACAUCAGCGCUGGGGAGACAAAGCUGGCCGGGCGUGGUGCUGGCCCCCUACACCGCCCCCUCCCCCGUGCGCCGAGCUGCCGGCCUUCAUAGGUGCUCGCUAACAGCACUUGCCCCGACAGUCCGUUAUAGGCUUACACGGGGGAUCUUUGUCUUUUGUAUGCGCCUGUUUCGUUGUUUUUGUGCGGACGCCUUCUGUGCGUUCACGUCUCUCUCGAGAGAGAUUAUCAAGUGGGAGUUUGUGGGGUUUUGCUGCUAAACGCGUUUGUCCUCUCGGCCCCCGGCUUAAACCCCCGAGUCUGCUUUACACCUGUUCCCCGAUACCCUGUGCGGCCUAUAUCUCCCUCGAGCUACUCAACCUUGACCCUGCUCAAACACGAACCCAUAUGUCGCCGUGAAGACGCCCUAUAAACUAACAUCUCUGCCCCGUAAACCUCCCAAUUCUGUAAACCCUGAACCUUAAAACUGCUUCGACCUGAAACCCACGAAACCUUAAACCCCAAACUUCUAAACUGUUUAUUCCCAAACACCCCGCCAAAAAUGUUAACCACGAUCCUUAAAAAAGAAUUCAACCUUAAACCCGCUAAUCCUUCAACACACAAGGGCCGAUCGAAUAAUCAUGAUGAUUAAAAACAGCCAUCUAAUAACGCUUAAACCUCCGACCUUUAAACUAUUACAGUUUAAAAUCAAUACCUUAAACUUUUAAACACUUAAUCCAGUAAACCGUGUAUCCUCUAAACCCACUAAAUACGAUAAACCCUUAAGCCAGAUCUGGGAGGCUUCUUCAACCGAGGGGAGAAUGAGACUUUCACUCCCUUAGCCGGGCGGCGGUGGUGGCGCGCCCGGCUGUAAUCCAGCCCUCAUCAUCCUGUUGUCGCAUCGCGCAUUGUUCGGAACUAUGUCCAACGUUUCGUUCCGAGACCUAGACAAUUUUACUGCCAGGUUGAAAUUACCCCCACCCCCUCACCACCGUUCCCACCACCUCCCCCUCUUGUACUCCGCGUUUAAAAUGUUUUCAGUUCUUCACGAAGUCCGUGUGGAGCGUUUGUGUCGAUGACGAGAAUCGGCCGUCAGGAACCACCUGAAUGUGAUUCUCUCUGAGCCCUCGGCACCUGAGAAAACCUGGGUUCGAACCCCCUUGGGGUCUGGGAGUGUCACUCCCGAGGGUGUGUCAUGGCUGUGCCAGGCACACAAGCACCGCUGAGAUCUCCACUGAAGAGGUUCAUAAUGACCGCGUCACAGAUGCCGAACCAGUCCCGCCGAGAUCCGGUGUUCGAUCCCUGGGUCGUUAUUUAGUUGUGGAAAGUCUCGUAGCGCUUGCAAGGUAUUAUGGGUCUUUAACAAUAAUGGUCAGCUUCAUUAACCUUCCAUCCCAGUGAACAGGUAACGUUGGGCCAGUGGGGGGGGGGGGGGGGCAGCGUUGUCGUGGUGACUGGGAGUGUCGUCUGUUCACCUGCAUAGCACUCUGUUCAAACCGUAGUCCGGUCCCGUUGUGUUGCUCUGCAAAGAGCUCUCUGCAUACGCAUUUUCACUUUCUUUGAUUUGGCCAUUUAGAAUGUGUGACUUCUAAAUGCAAUAAACAAAACAAAAUAUUUUAUCUCAG